AUGCGCCGACCAACCCCAGUGUUCAAAAAGGAAAAGGAGUCGGACAAGGCAAGCCACCCAACCAAGUUAGCAGGAUCUUUAUUGUAUUUAGAACAAACAAGAACACUGCCGUACUCACCACAAAGAGAACGCACGAAGAUGACCGAUUUCAUUCGCACUAUAUGGCACAACUCCGCUACGCAACCGCGUAAGUCUGCUACUGAAAAUAAGCAAACUGUGGACCAGAUCCGAUUACCGACUUCAACAGCAACUACUUUGCCUGGAGGGCUAGACAUACAUCAGCGUAUUAAACUAGAGCCACCAGCCUCCCCUUGCAUGUCUUCGUCCGCGUCUGAUUCCGACUCAAGUAAGGCUCAGCGCAUGGCUCGCGUGAAUGCACGUCGUGAUAAGCGGAAGCCACUAGAUACUGACGUGGGGCACGGUACGACAAGCAAGAAACUUAAAACUGAAGCUGCUUUAGACCCUAGCGGCGAGGAGCGACUGCGUGCUAUGGAAGCGCAGCUUGAGCACUUGGAUCCAGACUCUAAGGAGGCUAAAAAGAAACGUCGUCUUAUUCGCAACCGCAUGUCAGCGCAACUUCAUCGCGAGCGUAAGAAAGCAUACGUAGGUCAGCUGGAAGAUCAGCUGCAAGCGAAGGAAAAAGAGUUAAAAGCUCUUCAAGAGCAACUGGCAGCCAUGGCCGUUGAAAGCCAGCAACUAAAGCAACAGCUUAGUCGCAAAGAACGUAGUUUUAAUCACGAGCUACAGAUAAAGACUGAACCUGUGCUUCUUGAGAAAGCACCAAUGGUGGCGGAGGAGACUGCAGUGGAUUGGGCGGCGUGUUUAGAAGACAUGGAUGAAGCCAUGGUGGGCGAAGAUUUACUUUGCGAUUUGGAUGAGUCCCCUUUGACUGCGUAUGGUCUAAGCUCUAUUAGCGAAGACCCUGUGGCGACUGCACUGGCUGAAGAAGAGCAGCGUCAGAGAGUGGACGCGCAAACACAAUCACAUCAUGAAAUUCACGCUGCAAAAAAGAACCUGGCUAUGGUUAUGGCCAUGAUGUUCUCUGUUACGUUUUGUGGUCAUAACAAGUCGAUUGCUACCGUCGCUGAUGGUAGCAACUUUUCGUCCAUGUUUCAUGCUGUACCAGUGAAAGAAUUGUCACAAAUGAGUAUUGCAUCUCGCAUCGUAGCCUGUCUUGAGAAAACGUCUUGGGAGGAUUUUCAAGAUGUAUCAUCCUGGACGGCCUCGGCUGCCAGUGCUGUUGCUGCAGCAGUGGCCGUGAAUGCGGAUAAAAAGUCGCGUGCUCGCCAAGCGACUUCGCCGUCGGCUGCUUCGGACGUUACGGACUCUGGAUCGUGUACGACUCCCAAGCAACUAGAGGAAGGUGACCGAAAUUUUGAGACGGAUUUAAUUGAAAAGUUUGUCUACCCGGUCGACGAACCAUUUGCUCCUGCUCUUGCAGAUGCAACCUGGUUUGGCGCGGAUAGUGAUGACUUUGGUCAUAGUGACGCUGAAAAUGACGACGAACAAGUCAAGACGACGGUCAAGCCUGUGCCAAUGACGUCGCGCCUUUAUGAAAAGCUCACGAAGUUGUGGAAGGAGAAAAAUCAGGUGUUGAUGACGGUGUUAAAUGGCAAGAAUGAGGUGACUCGACGCUCUGUAGCGGAUAUGAGUACGAUCCGCAAGGGUAUGACCACGGGCGCUCUCUUUCCAAUUACUGCUGCUAAUGUUGCGGCAUCGUCUAAAAAUUUGCCAUUGAAGAAGCACGACCGCUCGGUCACUUUCCUGUACCCGUUGAGCGCUUUUUCUGAAGACGAACGCUCGGCCGCCUUUCCCCAUACCGCAUCGUCGGACCACGUAUUUCUUGAAGUGUCAUGCCAGAUCAAUGGCGCAGCGCACGCUGUCCAAUAG